CCGUGCGCAAGUGAGCGAGCGCUUGGUUAGGCCUGGAAAAAAAAAGGUGGAGGGGCUGCGCUGUUGAACGCCGCCGAUGACUCGCUUGUGGCGUUAAUCGCGGGUGUCGGCGAUCCUCGAGUGUGCAACGACUCGUCCGACGGUGCUUCGGCCGUUAACGACGCCAGCGCUCCUUGGAGAUAAGCCCAGCCGUGUCAGCCGGUGCCGACGUGAUCGCCUUGCGCCGCCGCCGCCGUUGAGGCGUUUUCCGUGCUUCGACGGGUCAGCCAUUGCGAGGGAGCGGGGGGUGAGUUUGGCGUGAUGGCCAAGAAAACCUACGACCUACUCUUCAAGCUACUCCUCAUCGGCGACUCCGGAGUCGGAAAGACGUGCAUUCUCUUUAGGUUCUCCGACGACGCAUUUCACACCACAUUCAUCUCCACCAUAGGAAUCGACUUCAAGAUCAAAACCAUCGAACUGAAGGGCAAGAAAAUAAAGCUCCAGAUAUGGGACACAGCGGGCCAGGAGCGUUUCCACACCAUCACGACCUCGUACUACCGGGGCGCCAUGGGCAUCAUGCUCGUGUACGACAUCACCAACACCAAGAGCUUUGACAACAUUGCGAAGUGGCUGCGGUACAUCGACGAGCACGCAAACGAGGACGUCGAGAAGAUGAUACUGGGCAACAAGUGCGAUAUGGAGGACAAGCGCCUCAUUUCCAGGGAGCGAGGCGAGGCGGUGGCGAUAGAUCACAAUAUUCGCUUCAUGGAGACAAGUGCAAAGACAAAUGUCAACAUUGAGCGGGCCUUCACGGAGCUUGCUGAAGCCAUAUUAAAUAAGCAAAUGGCGGGCAAGGACCAGGCUGAGAACCAAGAUAGACUUAGGGUGCUUCCUCCUGAAAAGAAAGUGAUGAAUUGUUGCUAGGGAAUGUUCCACUUGGCGGCCACCAAUCUGCGUAGAGGGAAGGCCACUUCGACAACACACGAGCAAGAGAACGAACACACACGACACACGCAACACACUCGCGCGCAUCAGUGGGACAACACAGGGACAGAGGAAAUUUGGCGUCGUGAGCAAGUGUGAAGCCGUGAGUGGAGGAAGAAAUGGAACACGAGGGAAAAUCGAGCUGGCCGCCCCGGCAUCAUCUUCUGACGUGCUCUGUGCAUCCCCUCCCCUCAUCGCUAAAAUAGAAGCCAGUCUUAACUGUAGCAUAUUGGUCCCGACAAAGAAACAACCACGCUUUUUGUGCUUGCACCGUGGAAAAAAAAAAGGCCGAGCUCGGCUCUAUUUCCUCCUACGUCACGAGCAGCGGCGAUCUCUUGGCUCUCUCCCAGCCUUCUUCCCCAUCUCUAAACCCUGUUGGGCCUUUUUUUCCGGGCCACAUUGUGAUAGUGGAUGACUGAGAUGUGUGUGCCGUAUCUGUGUACAAGCUUUCUCCCGUUACUUUUUAUUCCUUUCACUCCCAUUUUUUUUGUUCGCUUCGUUUCGUUUGGCUGCCACAGUUGCUUCUCUCUCUCCCCCAGAGGAUUCCGAGCUUUCGAUAUCGCCUUUGCAAUGAGAGGCCUCGGAACUCUCACCGUCGAAGCUGCCUCUCGCACUCGGAGAGCAAGAGCUGGCGACAAGAAGCUUGACGCUCAUCGUCUCCCCCAGGCGCCGUGUGUGUCAACUGCGUCACCAUGCACCUUGUUCUACAUGGAGUGCGCACACUGAGUCCGGACGAAGUGUCGCGACGAAGUGUUGCGCGUCUCUUGACUGUGCUGCCACCGAGGUGGCGACGAUACGGAGCAGGAGACCCCAGCGAGUGUCUUCAAGAUGGCCGAAGUGGCAAGAAGGGUGCAGUUUUGUGAAUUCGGCGUCAAGUUUUGCAUCUGGUCUCUUGAGAAGAAGCUGUCACGGUUUGUCAAGGGCAAGAACACGUUCCCACCUGCUGCACAGUACAGUGACCGUCCUCUCCCAUUGGUUCCCGUGCCUCCCCCCCUCUCCUCUCAUUGUCUGCACUAGCAUACUCUUAGAGCCUUAAGUGAUCUCUCCUCCUAUUGGUCGGGUUGUCUUGCCAAUUUCUUCGAGAGAGAUUGGGGUAGGAGAGAGAGAGAACGGGAUUGUUUCCUGCCUCGCUUGUGGAGUGCACCACUUUUUUUAAAACAAAUCGUGCUACGGGAGAGUGCGCACUGUUUUUUUUUUCUUUAGCUUUCUUUCUCACGGCGUGCUUCGUACACAAGUUCUGCGAAGGCGAGUCACAUCCGACCGAUGGAGCCGGCGAGGAGCGAAACGCCGAUGACGUGUGGAGGACUUGUAGCCCACAACAAAUGUGUGAAAAAAAAAAGACUUGUGUAGUGAACUCAUUUUGAUUUGCUUUGUUUUGUUUUUUUACCCCAACUUUGCCUGCUCAUCGGCUAGCUUGCUUUUAAACCUCGCGGUCUACCCCUCAGUUUCUCGGAUUUCUUUUUUUCGCUUUGGGUACCAGUGUCGCUUGCACUGUGCGAAAGCUUGUUUGUGUACUUUUUUCUUUCAUUGCAUUUGAAUCCCGCCCCCUUUUCUUGGUGUUGUGUUUUCGCAGCUUAUGUCUGUUUCUUCUACAUCGAUUUCUCACGAUCUGCUGCCAGCAAUGUCGCGACGCCUUCUUUUGUUAAUAAGAAUGGGCUCCAAGUGAGGCAACAUUCUUUCUACUGUACAAUAAGCGUUCCUCUUUUUGUUGAAUAAAUUGCAGUUCUUCUAGAAA